GACGAGCGGAGGUCAGCGAACACGGAGCUAAGGUGAUACUGUAUGAGAUUUAUUAAUGUCUCUAGCGAGCUGUGGGUUGGGCGACACCAGGUUACGCGUUUAGCACCGCGACCGUACUGGUUGGUGAAAGCAGCCGCACUCCACACUCCCCAUUCCCCGGGACGGGAUGCUGCCGAGAGUAACUGAAAAUGACCAAAAAUUACAAAAAGGAUUCAGAAGACUAUCUGACGAUCUGCUUAAAGUAUCUGCUGUUUGUUUUUAACAUCAUCUUUUGGGUAGCUGGUGUUGGUGUGCUUCUCACUGGAGCUUGGACACUGAAUGAAAAGAGGGACUACCUGAACCUUCUGCCAUCUAGCACCUUUGCUGUCUCUGCCAGUAUCCUUAUCUUCGCUGGAAGCCUUGUGACAAUCACUGGGUUCCUUGGGUGCUGUGCUGUUAUUCGAGAGCAGAAGUCUGCCCUUGUAGCAUACUUUUCUUCACUCUUGUUAAUCUUCCUGAUUGAGCUGGUAGCCGGCAUCCUUGCUUGUGUUUAUUAUCAAAGGUUGAGUGAAGAGUUGAAAGAGCAGCUGAACAAAGAGAUGAUGGAGAAUUACGGGCAGCCAGGAGAGGGCAGCGUCACCCAGUCCAUCGAUCGGCUUCAGCAAGACUUUAAGUGCUGUGGCAGCAACAGCUCGUCUGACUGGCAGGACAGUGUCUACAUUCUCUCCCCUGACUCGGGUGACAGGCUUGUACCUGACAGUUGUUGUAAAACUGUAACAGAGGCCUGUGGCCAACGAGACCACCCAUCAAAUGUCUACAAGGUAGAGGGAGGAUGCCUCGUCGUCCUGGAGCAGGUACUUGCAGAUCACCUGUUGAUCAUGGGAGCUUUUGGCAUUGGCGUGGCCUGCCUGCAGCUGAUUGGAGCCGGAACAACUGCCUGUUUCAUCUGUGUGAUCAUCAGAGAGGAGGAGGAGGUGGAGUUUUUCCAGCGCUGAUGGCUUGCCUGUUUGUGGAGCGAGGUGACCUGUUGGUGUCGAGCGGAUCCACGCCAGUAGCUGAUCCCUGUGGUGGGGAUAUGCUUAGAAGUUGCAGUAUGUUUACUGGCUGCAGAAUGUAGGAGCAAAAUAAUAUAUCAAUCAUUUCUAACCAUAAUGUGUAAAAAUCCCAGUUACUGUGCCUCGUUCAGUCUGACGUUGAAUUAACAUAGAGCAGGUAUCAGGGUGGAAAUGAUUAAAGUUAUAUCUGCAUGUCAAAAUAUAUCACACUGCCUAACACUAGCUGUGUCCAAUACCACACUAGCUUACAGCAAAAUGUAAAGUUACUGACACAGGCAAUGGACAUCAGCCAUUUGGUGCAUUGAACGUGCUGUGCCAUUCACUGAUAUCAAACAUGUCAUUGCCUUAAUCGGCAGCAUCUCCCCACCCUCCCAUAAGGUCAUUAAAGACAGAAGCAGAUUUAGGCCAUUCGGCCCAUUGAGUCUGCUGUGUCAUUCCAUCAUGGCUGAUUUAUUAUCCCUUUCAACCCCAUUCUCCUGCCUUCUCACCAUAACCUGUGAUACCCUGACUAAUCAAGAACCUAUUAACCUCUGCUUUAAAUAUCCCAACAACUUGGUCUCCACUGCCAGCUGUGGCAAUGAAUUCCACAGAUUCACUGCCCUCUUCCUCCUCAUCUCUGUUCUGAAUGGACAUCGAUCUAUUCUGAAGCUGUGCCCUCUGGUCCACCCUGUCUAGACCUUUCAAUGUUCGAUAGAUUUCUGAGAUUGCCCUCAUUCUUCUAAACUCCAGUGAGUACAGGCCCAGAGCCAUUAAACACUCCUCAUACAUUAACCCUUUAAUUCCUGGGAUUAUUCUUUACACCUCCUCUGAACCCUCUCCAAUGCCAACACAUCAUUGGGGCCCCUUCUGGGGGAGGUACAAAAAGGACAGGUUACACCUGAACCCAGAGAGGUCCAAUAUCCUAGCAGACAGGUUUAUAGAGCUAUUAGGGAGGGAUUAAGCAAAUCUGGCAGGGAAAUGGGAACCAGAGUGAUAGGGCUGAGGAACGGGGAAACAGAAAUGAGUCAAAGAUAGCAUGCAACAGAGAUGAUAGAAAAGACAGGCAGGAGAUAAGGCAUAAUCACAGCCAGGGGAUGACUUACAGGGCAAUAGAGAUGUGGUGCAGUUAAAACAGAAAACAACAAAUACUGGACUGAAAGUGUUAUAUUUGAAUGCACGCAGCGUAAGAAAUAAAAUGGACGAUCUUGAAAUUCAGCUGCAGAUUGGUAAGUAUGACUUUGUGGCCACCUCUGAAACUUGGCUAAAGGAUGGCUGCCAUUGGGAGCUGAACAUCCAAGGAUAUACAGUGCAUCAGAAAGAUAGGUUAGUAGACAGAGAGGGUGGUGUGGCCCUGUGUAUAAGAAAUAAUAUUAAAUCAUUAAAGAGGGAUGAUACGGGAUCAGAAGGUGUAGAGUCUCUAUGGGUUGAGUUAAGAAAUGGCAAGGGUAAAAGGACCCUAAUGGCAGUUGUACACAGGCCUCCAAACAGCAGCUGGGAUGUGGAUUACAAAUUACAGCAGGAGAUAGAAAAGGCAUGUCAGAAGGGCAAAGUCAUGAUAAUCGUUAGGGAUUUUAACGUGAAAGUGGAUUGGGAAAACCAGGCCAGUACUGGACCUCAAGAGAGAAUUUGUAGAAUGUCUAAGGGAUUGCUUUUUAGAACAGCUUGUUGUUGAGCCCACUAGGGGAUCGGCUGCACUGGAUUGGGUAUUGUGUAAUAAUCCGAAGGUGAUAAGAGAGCUUAAAGUUAAGGAACCCUUUGGGAACAGUGAUCACAAUAUGAUCGAGUUCAUUUUGAAAUUUGAGAAGAAGUUAAAUUCUAAUGUGUCAGUAUUUCAGUGGAAUAAAGGAAAAUACAAAGGCAUGAGAUGGGAGUUGGCCAAAGUUGACUGGAAAGAGACACUAGCAGGAAGGACAGCAGAACAGCAAGGGCUGGAGUUUCUAUGAAAACUGAGGAAAGUGCAAGACAGAUAUAUUCCAAAUAAUAAGAAAUUUUCGAAUGGAAGAAGGACACUACCGUGGCUGAUAAGUGAAGUCAGAGCCAAAGUAAAAGCAAAAGCGAGGGCAUGCAAGGAAACCAAAGCUAGUGGGAAAAUAGAGGAUUGGGAAACUUUUAAAAACCUGCAGAAGGAGACCAAGAAGGUCAUUAGGAAGGAAAAGAUGAAUUAUGAAUGGAAGCUGGCAAUUAAUAUCAACGAAGAUACUAAGUAUAUAAAUGGUAAAAGUGAGUCAAGGGUAGACAUAGGACCAAUAGAAAAUGACGCUGGAAAUAUUGUAAUGAGAGAUGCAGUGAUGGUAGAGGAACUAAUUGAGUAUUUUGCAUCAGUCCUCCCAGUGGAAGACACCUGUAGUAUACCGGUCAUUCGAGAUUGUCAGAGAAGUGAAGUAUGUGCAGUGACAAUUUCAACUGAGAAGGUGCUCAGGAAGAUUAAUGGUCUGAGGGUGGAGAAAUCUCCUGGACCUGAUGGAAUACACCCUUGGGUUCUGAAGGAAGUAGCUGGAGAGAUUGCGGAGGCAUUAACAAUGAUCUUUCAAGAAUCGAUAGAUUCUGGUAUGACUGGAAAAUUGCAAAUGUAAUUUUGCUAUUUAAGAAGGGUGGGAGGCAGCAGAUAGGAAACUAUAGACCUGUUAGCCUGACAUCAGUGGUUGGGAAGUUGUUGGAAUUGAUUGUUGGGGAUGAGAUUACAGAGUACCUGGAGGCACAUGACAAGAUAGGCCAAAGCCAGCAUGGUUUCCCGAAAGGAAAAUCCUGUCUGACUAACCUACUGCAACUUUUUGAGGAAAUUACAAGCAGGAUAGACAAAGGAGAUGCAGUAGAUGGAGUGUACUUGGAUUUUCAGAAGGCCUUUGACAAGGUGCCGCACAUGAGGCUGUUUAGCAAGAUAAGAGCCCAUCGAAUUACAGGGAAGUUACUAGCAUGGGUGGAGCAUUGGCUGAUCGUCAGAAAACCAAGAGUGGGAAUAAAGAGAUCCGAUUCUGGCUGGCUGCCAAUUACCAGGUCGGUGUUGGGACCGCUGCUUUUUAUGGUACAUGUCAAUGAUUUGGACUAUGGGAUUAAUGGAUUUGUGGCUAAAUUUGCUGAUGAUACAAAGAUAGGUGGGGGAGCUGAUAGUGCUGAGGAAGCAGAGAGCCUGCAGAGAGACUUAGAGAGUUUAGGGGAAUAGGCAAAGAAGUGACAAAUGAAAUACAAUGUUGGACAGUGUAUGGUCAUGCACUUUGGUGGAAGAAAUAAAUGAGCAGACUAUUAUUUAGAUGGGGGAGAAUUCAAAAUACAGAGCUGCAAAGGAACUUGGGAGUCCUUGUACAAGAUACCCUAAAGGUUAACCUCCAGGUUGAGUCAGUGGUGCAGAAGGUGAAUGCAAUGUUGGCAUUCAUUUCUAGAGGUAUAGAGUAUAAGAGCAGGGAUGUGAUGUUGAAGUUCUACAAGGCACUCAUGAGACCACACUUGGAGUAUUGUGUGCAGUUUUGGGUUCCUUAUUUUACAAACGAUAUGCUGACAUUGGAGAGCAUUCUGAGAAGAUUCACGAGAAAUGAUUCCAGGAAUGAAAGGGUUACCAUAUGAGAAAUGUCUGGCAACUCUUGGGCUGUAUUCCCUGGAGUCCAGGAGGAUGAGAGGGGAUCUCAUUGAAACAUUCCAAAUGUUAAAAGGCCUGAACAGAUUAGAUGACAAAGUUAUUUCCCAUAGUAGGGGAGUCUAGGACAAGCGGGCACAAUUUCAGGAUUGAAGAACGUCCAUUUAAAACAAAUGCAGAGAAAUUACUUUAGUCAGAGGGUGGUAAAUCUGUGGAAUUUGUUGCCACGAGCAGCUGUGGAGGCCAAGUCAUUGGGUGUAUUUAAGGCAGAGAUAGAUAGGUUCUUGAUUAGCCAGGGCAUCAAAGGGUAUGGGGAGAAGGUAGGGGAGUGGGGAUAACUGGAAGAAUUGGAUCAGCCCAUGAUUGAAUAGUGGAGCAGACUUGAUGGGCCGAAUGGCCUACUUCUAUAUAUUAUGGUCUUAAAUUAGAUAAGGGGCCCAAAACUGUUCACAAUACUUACCAGUGCUUUAUAAAGCUUCAGUGUUACAUCCUUGCUUUUAUUUUCUGGUCCUCUCAACGUUAAUGCUAAUAUUGCAUUUGCCUUCCUUAGGAGCUUACUCGCCCUACAAGUUUAACCUUUAGGUAAUCCAUACCCAUAGCGAUCACCAAUGUGGGUUCAACAAUCCAUUCACUUUGGUGUCCAGACAGUUCCUGGACGGUCCCUUGUGGGUGAUGUCUCCAUCUGGUUUCAUGGGUUCUCAGAUGACUGAUGAGGCCGAUGUGAAAACCAGAGACUGGGCAGGAGAUGUCUGACGGGCUGGAUGGUGGUAGUCUGUGAAGUCCUCACUCCUCCUGCCUUCUCCGCUGGGCUCCUGUCUGCCCCUGACACACCAUCCCACCAUUGUCAGUGCCUUCUCCCCUUCUCAAAGUUCAAAGUAAAUUUAUUAUCAAAGUAUGCAUAUCACCAUAUACAACCCUGACAUUCACUUUCUUGCAGACAUUUAUAGGAAAGUAAUGAAAUAUAAUAGAAUUCAAGAAAAGCUAUACAUAAAUAUAGACUGACAAAUACUCUGUGCAAAAAAAAAAGACAAAUUGUGCAAAUAAUACUGAGAAGAUGAGUUGUGGACUCCUUGAGAUCGAGUCUGUCGGUUGUGGAAUUAGUUCAGUGUUAAGCUGAGCGGAGUUAACCAAUGGUUGAAGGGUAAUAAAUGUUUCUGAACCUGGUGGUGUGGGACCUGAGGCUCUCUACCUCCUAUCUGAUGCCAGUAGUGAGGAGAAGGCAUGGUCUGGAUGGUGGGAGACUUUGAUGAUGGAGACUGCUUUCCUUGUGCCAGCGCUCUGUGUAGAUGUGCUCAGUGGUGGGAAGGGCUUUGCAGCUUCUCCACUUUGAGGCCACAGGGGUUGAGAAUUCCCGGGAAUUGUAGGAUGUUCCACAUCAUCAAUGAGGCAUAUUGCUGACUCUUUCCCUCUGUCUGCCUGGUCAUCUUGUCUCCAUGUGACAGAGACCUGAGGUGAGUCAUGCCUCAGUAAGCCAGCAUUGGUCUGAGAGUUCACAUCCUUCUAAUGAAUGUUAGUGAUUUUAUGCGGCCGGUGUUGUGUAUUUAAUAUUUCAGUAAUCUUGUAUAUAUAUUGAUUGAUUAAGUGUCCUUGUUUGUUUAAAUAAUUUAUUUCUAGUUAUAUGUAUAAGUACGUGAAUUGAAAAUGUCGUCAUGCUAUGACAUGACACGCAAGCACCUUGCUUAAAGUAAACAUGAAGUU